GUGUAUUUAAUUUGUAGACUUGUAGACUUUAGUAACGUUUAGUUUGCAAGUAUGUAUUGCUGUACAAUUAAUUGCAUCUAACUAUAAAGUAUACAGCGAUGAACGAGCGACCGGAGAAUAUCAUGAAAGCUUAUUUCAUUGUUUUCCUGAAAUUUUUUAUCUUUACCAUUUUUAGUUUCACAAGUGCGAUCUAAGUCCACUAUCUAUUCUCGUAUUUGUACUUCAUAAACCUAACCGUGCACAGGAAAACGCCAUUGAAUCGAUCAUAUUAUUCUGUUAGUUCUUAUAGAAUUGAUGUAUGUAUGCAUAUUCAUAUCGUCUACUUUCAAUUUGAAUUAAUAACAUGAACAAAUAAUUUAUUGAUGGUAAAAGAGUUAAUGGAAAAUCACAUUAGAUGACAUUAAAUAAAAUGGAAUAGCAAUAAUAUGUUUUUCUGAAAUUUAUAUAUUUAUUGUUUCUUCUUUACAAAUUUCAAGUCGUAUCAAAGUUUAAACGGAACUUUAAACUGAACAUUUUGUAUUUGAUGUUGGUUGCCAACUAUAAUAUAAAGUAUUAGUAACAAAGAAUGUUUAGUUGGAAAAAUGAUUGCUAUGGAGGUAAUGGAGCUAUUCACAUCAUUAGAAUCCAACAUUCCUAAAGAAGUAGAAGUUGUAAAACACAAAUUUCAUGAACAAUUCAAUAUUGUAAAAGAACCAUGGCUGUUAAAUGGAAUGUAUGAUUAUUUUAUGUCAACUGGAUCACAAAGAGCUGUAGAAGUAUUAGUAGCUGUCAGAGAACCACAUGACAAGUAUCUGUUUGAUAGGCUUGUUGAUGGCUUACGUAGUACAAAUCGUCUUCAAGCACUUACAUUACUGGGUCAUGUAGUAAAAAGACAACCAACAUGGUUGAUUAAAAUUACUAACCAUCAUUUACUCAAGGAAUUAAUAAAACUUUUAAAGUCUGAAAAUKAAAUAAUUACUAUUACUAGCGCUUUACUUGCUCUUAAUGUACUUUUGACUGUUAUUCCUGCACUUAUUUCUUCGUUUCUACCAGAUAUUUUUGAAGGAUUUAGUCGUUUGGCAGCCUGGAAUACUUCUCAAAAAAACAAAGUUCCAGAAAUUCAUUUAUUCCAUCUUCAGAUAUCAUUAUAUGUAUUAUUUGUUCAACUAUAUAGUAUGUACCCUUGUUCAUUUGUGUUAUAUUUAAAGCAACAAUAUAGCACACCUGAUUUAGUUUUCACUCAUACAAUUAAACCCAUGAUAGAAACAAUGCGUAUGCAUCCAAGUUUAAUUGUGAGCAGCAAAGAUGUGGAAACAUCAGCUCAUAGGUGGAAAAAAAUGGAGCAACAUGAUGUUGUUAUGGAAUGUACAAGAUAUACUUUAUUGGAAAAUGGGGAUAGAAAUUAUCAAAAUACUUCAACUUGGACAAAUGCAGGGUCAAAUUUUUCAUCAGCUCUCGAAAUUUUAAAAUCAAGUAUUGGUGCAACUGGAGAUAUUGUUGGUGUUAAUAGUAUCAGGGAUAAUGAAUUAUGGAGUCCAAUGUUAUAUUGUGGUGAAUUUGAUAAAGAUACUGUUAAAUCUGUUCCCACUACUCCAAAUUUACAGAAUUACUAUAAACCAUUAAUAUUCAACCAUAAUGAACAUUCACCUCCAGAAGCAGCUGUAGAAGCUACACCAGAAACAACUCCUAUCAGGGAUGUUUUAUAUCAACAAUCGAGGUUGCCAUCUAUAAACUCGACUGUAGUCAGAGCAUUGAAUUCAUUUGGCAUAGACAAUUUACCUAGACGUAAUUCAUCAACACCAAAUUCUCAGCCUAGUUCACCAUUGAAAAAAGAAGGGUUUAUUUUUCCUACCGAAGAUUUCCAAUCACAGUCACUUGUUCGUAGAGUGGACAAAAUGAUAAUGGAGCGUAAUCAGAUAACAGAUUCAAUCAAAGAUGAAAAUAAUGUACGUUCUGAAUCAAAACCUAUUGCAGCUCAAAUUCAACUUUCAAAUAAUCCUGAAAUAUUACAAACUGGAGAUGAAGAUAUUAUUGAAUGCGAUCAACAGAGUAAUGGGUCACCAUGUCAAACUUAUGAGGGAGGAUUACAUAUGCCUGAUUCUACUUCAUUAAAAGAAUUUGUAAUGAGUGUUCGAACACGAAGACGUUAUCAUAGUCAAUGUACUCCAGAGAAAACUAUAAAUGUUACUGGACAAAGUACUGAUAGCAGCCCUAAAAAGGGACCGGAAUUUUCAUUACUUAGUGUUCGAAGAGCGAAUUCAUGUCCUGAAAUUAAAAAAACUAAUGGGAGCAGUAUCUCUUCUGGCACUUCACCAUUACAAGAAGAAACCGAAGAGGAUCAUCAUGGGGAUAGUACAAAUAUUAGCAAUGGCCAUGUUACUUCACUACCAAAAAAAAAAUCAAAAAAUGAUAUUGAUAUAGCUAAAGUACAGACUGUAUCUACUCAAACAGAACAUAUUUUACCUUAUGAACAUUUGUUUUAUAGCAUAUUUCCUGCUUAUAAUAAUGAUCAACAUAAUACUACUAAAAAUCAGCAAAAUAGUUUUAAUAACCAAGAAGAUGAAUCUUUAUGUUUAAUUGAAAAAUAUGUGCGCACAUCGGCAAUAGUUCUUAAUCAUCGCCAUACAGCAAAAUCUACUGAUGAUGUUAAAUUAUUGCAAGACCAAAUCGCUUUGUUGACAUUACAAUUACAAUUUGAGCGUAAUCGUAGAGAAGUUCAUGCUGAACGAAAUCGUAGACUUUUAGGUAAAUCAAGAAGUAGUCGAGCUGUUGAUGAACAUAAUUCUGCUCUGAAAGAUCAAGUUUUGAAAUUACAGGUUGAAAUUGAAGAUGGAACUUCUGCGUUAGAAAAAUUGAGGCAAAACUCAUUAAAACAAAUUAAAGACCUUAAUGAGAGAGUAUCACAUUGGCAAACUGAAUGUUCAAAAUAUCAAGAGGAAACUAAAGAAGCUAAAAAUAAAUGCCUAGCAUUAGAACAGCUUUAUAAUGGGGAGAGAGUAAAGACUGCCGAGGUUACAAAACAAUUAUCUGAGACUAAAGCAGAGCUGUUCAACACUUUAAGUGAAUUAACUAUUGUGCAAGCAACAGCUAACAUUAGUAAAGAGCUAAAAAAUACAGUGAUAAAUUUACAACGUGAACUAGUCAUGAGAGGUGAGAUGCAAUCUCAACAGCGUGAUGUUGUUUCUCAUGUAAAUGCUCUUAGAUAUGAUGCCAGCAAUGCUAUGUUAAGUCAAGAAUCAUACAAACAUAAUAUAAAUGAGCUUCAAAACAUGUUAUACCAUAAAUCUGCACUGUUAGAAGCAUCAAAUGCCCGUAUUGCUGAUUUAGAGUUGAAGUUAAAUAAUCAGAAUGCUUAUAUGCAAAAUGGUAAAUGUGAAAUAGAAAAGGUUAAAAAACAUUUCAAUGAAAAAUUAUCUGAAAUAAAAGAAGAAUGCAGAAUUUUGAAAGAAAUACAAUACCAAAAUAAAGAAUAUAAAGAAGAAGGAGAAUCUAGAAAAAAGUUUAUAGAAGAACUACCUAAAUUCAGCGCUGACUUAGUUAUGGUGGACUCAAACACUUCAAUGAGUGAUCAAGAUGCAAACUUUAGGCUUAGUAUGAUGAUGGCCGAUAGUGAUGGCAGCUGUGACAACAUCCCCGUUAUACCUACAACUCCAAAGUAAACAUUAUGAUCUCAAUGGUACUGGAUACUUAACAUCAUUUAUAAAAAAGAUUUAAGUGUACUGUUUAAAGGAUAUUCAAUUAAACAAAGCUAACGUUUUUGUUGAAUAAUUAUCUUCAUUAAUUAUACAUUUAUUUUUCAACAUUA